UUCUUCCCAUCUGUUGCUUUCCUUCUUCCUUUAACUUUAAGAUACAGCCAAAUCAAUACCAAUUUCCCUCUGAAUUUAACUUCCAAAAACAUUCAAUUUCCCAUCGCCAAUCAUUUCCCAUUAAAUUUUCUCUCCUCAAUAUGUAUAAAAUUCAGUGACGGUGACGAGAUUUUUUUUUCAGUUCAGGUCAUCAUAGUUUCCAGGUCCAUGGAAAGAUCAAAGAAGAAAGCUCAAUUAUGGAAGAAAGCUAUAGUUCAUUUUUCUCUGUGUUUCGUUAUGGGAUUCUUCACUGGCUUCGCUCCGACUGGCAAAACUUCUUCACCAGUUUUGCAAAAAUAUGCUCCUGAGCCUGUUGAAGCGUUUAUAAAAUUACAACCCGAAACCAGCGUUAACAGAAGCCUUGUAGCUGAAACUGAAACAACUCAAGAGCCAUCUGCAACAAAGGUGGAAAAAGAGCCCAAGUUGAUGCCCAGAAGACUGCUUAUCAUUGUGACGCCAACGAAUGAAAGAGAUAAGUUUCAGAAUGUUUAUUUGAGGAGAUUGGCGAAUACUAUGAAACUGGUUCCGCCGCCAUUGUUGUGGAUAGUUGUGGAAAAACAAACGGAGUCUGAUCAAGUGUCACGAUUAUUGAGGAAGACGGCGAUCAUGUACAGACAUUUGGUUUUCAAAGAGAACUUCACAGACCCGGAAGCCGAGUUGGAUCAUCAACGAAACGUUGCGUUGAAGCAUAUUGAGCAACACAGGCUGAGUGGAAUCGUUCACUUCGCCGGCCUUUCCAAUGUUUAUGAUCUCGGCUUCUUCGACGAGCUGAGGGACAUCGAGGUGUUCGGGACGUGGCCGAUGGCAUUCCUGACGGCGAACAACAAGAAGGUGAGAAUCGAAGGGCCUGUGUGCGAUUCUUCACAAGUAAUAGGAUGGCAUUUAAAGAAAACGAACAACGAAACAGAAGAGAAGCCUUCUAUUCAUGUUUCAAGUUUUGGUUUCAACAGUUCGAUUCUUUGGGAUCCAGAGAGAUGGGGCCGCCCUUCAUCCCUUCAACAAACCUCGCAGAAUUCAAUCAAAUUCGUGAAACAAGUUGUUCUGGAAGAUGAGACAAAGUUACAGGGAAUACCAGCAGAAGAUUGCUCAAAAAUCAUGAUUUGGUCUCUUGAUUUACCAAAGCCUCCCUCUCAAGGAAUUUCUAUGCUUCGUAGAUAAAUAGAAGAAAUCAAGAUUAUGAUUUUUGAAAAUUAAAUUGGCGGGAAAAAUAUUAUUCUAUUAUUAGGCAUCUCUAUUCUU